AUGCCCGCGGGGGACCAGCGGCAGCUGGCGAUUCGGCUCCGGGAGCUGCUCACGGAGCUGGGGCCCACCUUCGUGAAGCUCGGUCAGGCGCUGAGUGUGCGCCCCGAUGUGCUGCCGGAAGUGUUCCUGGAAGAGUUCCAGGAGUUCCAGGACAGCGUGGCGCCUUUCCCGAACGAGGAGGCAGUCAAGCUGGUGCUGCGAGAGCUCCGCAUCGGGAGGCUGUCGGAGAUCUUCGUGGACUUCGGGGAGGCGCCGGUGGCCGCCGCCUCUCUGGGCCAGGUCUACAAAGGGCGCCUCUCCGAUGGUUCCAUGGUGGCGGUCAAGGUGCAGCGGCCGAACUUGGCCGAGAUUGUAGGCUUGGACCUGCUGCUGGCGAGGCAGCUUGCAAAGCUUCUGGUUAGAUACGACGACAUGCUACCAGAAGGUUGGCGGGGGAACGACCUGGUGGGUUUCGUGGACGCCUUCGGCCAGCGCCUCUUCGAGGAGUUGGACUACGAAACUGAAGUGCAGAAUGCCCAGCGCUUCUUGGCACUUUACGGCGACCAGGAGAAGCUGAAGGUACCAAAGGUCUACCCCAGCCUGGCCACGGGGAAAGUGAUUGUCAUGGAGUGGGUGGAUGGCGUGAAGCUCACGGAUGCAAAGGCCAUACGCAGCCUGGGUCUGGAUCCCUUGACCUUCAUCACCGUGGGCAUCGAGUGUUCCAUGCGGCAGCUGCUCGAGCACGGCUUCUUCCACGCGGACCCCCACCCUGGGAACUUCUUCGUGACGCCCCAGGGGGAGCUAUGCGUUCUGGACUUCGGCCUCAUGAGCGAGAUGCCCAAGGAUGCCCGAUUGGCUGUGAUACAGCACAUCGUGCACCUGGUGAACAGAGACUACGUGGGCAUGGCGAACGACUAUUACUAUUUGGGCUUCCUUUCGAAGGACGUGGACGUGCGACCCAUCGCCCCAAAGCUGCGGGACUAUUUCGAGCCCCGCCUGGGCGCCGGCGUGGCCGUCAGCUUCCAGACGAUCGUGGAUGGCCUGACGAACGUCGUCUUCAAGAACUACAAAUUCACGGUGCCCGCCUUCUACGCUCUGGUGGUGCGCAGCCUGGUGACCCUCGAGGGCUUGGCCUUGACCAUCGACCCCAAGUACCGGGUGCUGGCGGCCGCCUACCCCUACGUGGCCCGAAGGAUCCUGCUGGACGCUGAGCUGCGGAGCAGUCUCUUUGAGCUGCUCUUCAACUCCGAGGGCCAGGAGUCGCGCUUCCGCUGGGACCGCGCCGUGGAUUUGCUCCGGGAGUCCUCCAAGAGCACCGUGGCGGUGCCGGGCUCCAGGCCGGGCCAGGCGGACGACACGGCACUGCUCAUGAACUUGGCAUCAUCUCUCAUUGAGGAUGUCGCAUUCCGGCGGACACUGGUGGCGGAGUUGGCUACAACAGCCGAUGUGCUGAUCGCAGACAUGAUUGGAGGAGCCGUGGGCGACGCGAAACUCCGGGAGCGCCUGGGCCUGCGGCUGGACGACCAGGCGCGCCUCGAAGAAAUUCGGGAGACAGUGAACCUGCUUGCGGAGAAGGUUGCAGGCCGCGUGCGCAGCAUGGACGCCAUUGGUAUGGUCCAAGCUGCUGCAGGUGCUGUGCAGGGCAUGUGGCCUGAGGACGAGGAUGAGAAAGGCGCUCGGCUCCCGACCGUGGCCGGGGAGUUCUUGGACCAGCUGCGCGAGCGUGCGGCCGUGCGGACCCUGAAGGCACUGGCCAACUGGAUCGGCGAAGGAUGGUGGCCCACGUCCCGAAGUCCACAGCACGUGCCGGUGCUGGAAGGUCUUGCAGGUCGCGAGUGGAAAGCCAUGGGCCAACGAGCGCCACAGAGUCCGUCCGACUCGGUGGCCUCAGUGAUGUUGCCAUCGCCUUUUGUGGGCUGGAUCCCGCCAGGGCUGCGCAAGCGUCAAGGCUGCUUUCUGCAUGACGCCACCCGAUUUCUGCUUGCAGACUGGCAGGAGCGAUCUUCAUCUCAGGCGCAUCCCUGUACAGAUCAGGAUCCGGAAGGCAGCAACGUGACCAAGGCAGACCUAGCUGCCGCUGUCGUGGAGAAGCUGUGCCCACAGGCAACGGCGCCGUCCUGGACCCCGCUGCAGUACCUCUGGAAGAGCCGAGUGCCUCUCGUGGUGGUGCCAUUGCUCGCAGGAUUGCAGAGCCUGGGCAGAGCUGAGCGUCAGGACACCGCGCUGAGCACUGCGCUGGAUGUUCUUCUGCUGGUUUUCCUAGCUCUUGGCACAGGCUAUGUUCGACUGCCCUUCUCCACCACAUGGUGGCUGGUGAUGCUGGCCGCCUUUGCGACCCAGACGAGGCUGCUGCUGGGCGUGGCCACGGUGCUGUCCUUGUCAGUGCUGCUGACUUGGUACGGCCUGCGCCUGCGCCACGCUGCGGCGGUCACGGCCCUUUGGCGAGGGGCCACGCUGCCACGGGAGUCCCAGCUCCUGUGGCAGCUCUGGGACCUGGGCGUGCACCUCAUCCCGGCCCUGGUGGUGCUCUACACGCACGCGCCCUGCCUCCUAGGCGGUUCUUGGCGUGGAGCGGCAGCCGCGGCGCUCACCGCGCCGCUGUCGCUGCUUUGGCUCUGCGGGCUGCGCUUGGGCAUGCCAGGGGCCAGAUGUGAGCUGGCUCUGUCUCGACAUGCCUACCGCACCUCCCCGCAGCUUCCCGAGCAGGCCUGGAGAUACGUGCACAUCUCCCACGGCUUGGUCUGCCUGGGAUGGCUGGCCGCGCUGCUGUGCCCCUGCGUCCUAGGCGUCACAGCGCUCUUUGCUUUGAUGGGCGCUAUCAAGCAGCCCUUUACCACGGCCUGGUGGUGCCUUUUUGUCCUCAGCGUAUGGAUCACCGGCGCAGACAGCAGGCGUCACGAGAGCCCUGCAGUGGAGCACUUGAAGGGCAUCACCUGCAUUUGCGCAGCCACCAUGUCCAUGGGCUUCUACGGGGCGCAGGUUCUUGCACCGUCCGCUUUCAGAUCCAUGGUGAUGAACUGGGCGGUGCACCCUUUGGUCCACGCAGCGCCGGCCGCGAAGCCGCUGCUACGCUGGGCCCAGCGGGACGCCUUCUGGGUGUCGGCGCGGCUCGCGGAUUGUUUUUUGCACUUCAUCCCCUCCGUGAUUGCCAUGUACCUCUUUUGCGCAAGCGUUACUGUCACCACUGCCGUCAUGGCCCUACCGCUGAACAUGGUGUGGCUGGCAUGCACAGGAGCACGCUCGCUGGAGGCCACCAAUCAGCUGUAUGGCAUCACGCCCCCGCUGAGCAAAUUGGCGCUGAACUACGUCUACGCGUCCCACUGGGCGCUUUGCACCGGUGUCGCCGUUUAUUGCCUGGCGCGGGACUAG